CAAGAGUUUUGUUGAGACUUGUUCUGGAACUCAAAUCUGUCUCUUCCAUCUUCAUCUCUUUAUCUCUUUAUCUCUUCAUCUCUUCAUCUCUUCAUCUCUUCAUCUCUUCAUCUCUUCAUCUCUUCCCCAGCUUUCACUUUGAUGAUCCCUUAUUCACGACCAAAACAUUCAUCGUCAACCCCACGGGAUCUGCACCUCCUGCGUGGUUCCUGAUUCUCUCCCUUCAUCCUGCCCUACGUGCCCUGCCGCCUGGCCUGCACUGCACUGCAGAUCGUAUCAACGUUGACGUCCACUGCCACUGGGACGGAUCAGCUCCAGCAUCAACUGCAACCACGAUCGUAAUCAAGACAUCGUCUCCUCUUUCCCUUCCCCACGAAAAAUAAAAUAGAGGGCUCGCCAAGAAAAGGCGAUAGCCGAACUCUUUGAUGCUGCAGCGCUCGCCUUCCCUUGCCUUGCCUCGUCAAACCCCCAAGCUCACAAGCGAUAGACUGAGCAACCCAACUCCACUCCCGUAUUUUUGCUUUCAAGGGUCAAGGUCCACGUCGCGGGGUCCAAAUAAGACCAAGAGACCGAUAGCGCGUACCAGUACCCGUAUUGAGUUGCUGAAAGAAAUACACAGCACACGCUUCUGGCCCAUUCCAUUUUCUAGCCAUUCACCGAUGAGCCAGAUUCCAAGUCGAUGCCAAAAGACCAUGAGAUCCCGCGUCACACUUGCGCCCAAUACCAGUCCCGGAUAACCAAACAGCGAGAUCAUCAGUGACCAUAGCUACCACCACAUUCACGAGUCCUCCUCCACUUCCACUUCCUCCACCUCCUCCACCUCCAUCCCACCUACCACUUUAUACCCCAGAAGCCCUCGAUACGGCAUCCAUGCUCGCAGUACAGCGUCCAAGUAUGGGUUCGUCGAAACCAGGCGAUCUCGAUAUGCCUUUUGGCUGUGAGUGUCACCAUCUGCUCUCUUUUCUGUAACUACAAUGAAUACUUAUUGGCUACAAGAUUCUUUCGACUCUUCCUCCAACUUCCCUUUCCCCUCCCCGCCCUCCGCAGCACCAGGUCCUUCGUUACUCGACGACAAUGAAUCCAAAUUCCUCGACAGCUUUUUUGAUGGAGUGAGCUCAGAAAGCUUUGAUUACAACCUCUUUACAAAUGGCCCAGAUGCGGCAGAGUCGGCUUUUGGAUGGGAUGAGUUGCCACCGACGUUCAUGGGAACAACGUCUAGUUUCGGUCAACAACCACAUCUUAGCGCACACGACCAACCCGAAGUGAAUUUCGACGGUCUGCCGCCAAUACCUCAUACCAAUCCACCUCCACCACCUCCCCAAACAGCCUCGGCAGAAGUAUUGGCGGCAGCUACGGUAUUGCAAAAUGGAGUUUCAGGACGAUCACAGAGCUUUGCGGCAAGUUCUUUAAUACGACCCGACAUGUCACUACGACAAGUAAAUGGGCAUAUUGGGCCGCAGUCGAUAUCGCAAUACCCACCAGCACGUCCUUAUACAGCACAACAUGAACCGCCAAGUAAUGAAUAUAUGCGGGAUAGCUUCUACACGGAUAUGGUUUUCGGUCAUCCAGACAAUACCCCAGCGAGACUGAGAAAUUCCAAUCAGAAAAUCGAUAUAAGAUGGGGAUCAGAUUCUUCAUUCAACACGCCACAGGGAUUUAUGGCACAUAACAAUCACGAUGCGGUCAACGAGUUGGAACGAGCGCAAUUACACUGUAUAGACAGCGCAUUUAGAAUCGAACAUGACACUCUGAGUGCCGAAAACUCGGUACCGCCAAGUCCAGUGGUUGCAUUACGGGCUCCUAAGAAGACAGAAUCUAAUGGUGAUCUGGUCGAAAAUGACAACCCCAGACCCAAAAAGAGAAGGAAGAGCAAAGUAACAGAUGACAAGGGAGAGGAGGGAUCACCAGCACCUAAAGUACCCGAGCCGAAGAAGAGGAAAACUGUGAAAAAGGAAAAGGACGCUGACGUAGAGCCUGUAAACAAACGACGGAAAUCUACAGCUAAUGCCACCACCGGAAAAGCAGCGCGAGAAAAUUUGACCGAGGACCAAAAACGAGAGAAUCACAUCCGAAGUGAACAAAAACGCCGAACGUUGAUUCGGGAAGGAUUUGAGGACCUUGGGGAGUUGGUACCUGGAUUACGGGGUGGUGGCUUUAGCAAGAGUGCGGUUUUAAUCAUGGCUGCAGAUUGGUUGGAGGAUUUAUUACAGGGCAAUGAGCUCUUGAAGGAGAGAUUGGAGCAGAUGGAAGGCAGGUGAUGAUAUGGGGGAUGGUGAUGAUAUGAAGGAUAUCAAAAAAAUGGUAACAUGAUGAAUGGGUUCUUACCCUUCCUCACUUUCAUUUCCAACGGCGAAAUCAUGGGGAUUAUGAGGAGUUUUACAACGGAUUGGGGGCCUUUUUAUUCAACAUGACAUAUGGGGAAAUUUUGGGGGAAGGAAGGAUGGGGGAAUUUUACGGGCUUAGGAUGGGAGGUUCUUCUCAUUUCUCUGUUUUUCCCCUUUGCUGCAAAGGCAAAGGGUCAUCAAUCAUCUCGGGUCCAAGGCAUUUU